CAGGAUCACUCGAGGACAUGACAAGUGGCAACUCACUCAAAACAAUUCACCAACGGCGCAUUUUAUCAAACGCCACCUCUGCCACCUCUAGCGCCGCCAGCCUCUAGUGACCCAACCGACCGCUUCUCCCAUAAACCACUGUAAAGUCUCUAUCUCUCCUUCUACUCUUCUCUCUUUAUCAUCGCCUCUUCCACAUGCGCACCAUUGCCCUCCCCUCCUAUCCAUGACUAUCCUACGCCGCCUAGCUCCUAACCAACACCUCAGACACCACCGCAUGCGGCGUCUAGCCACGGUCGCCGCUGCAGUACGGCAAGACACAACAGUCUGGACACAAGCGCCUCUCUCCGGGAUCGAACCAGCAGCCGAAUCACUCUUCCACGUGAGAAUCGUCGUUUUAGACUCUCCAGACCUCGCAGCGUCACACACACGUGCUGGACAGUACUUACAGCUACGCGUCCCCGACGUGGAGAAGCCAUCGUUCCUGGCCAUCGCCUCGCCGCCGUCCGACGCAGCUUCAAAAGGUGCGUUUGACUUUUUGGUGAAGAGCGUGGCUGGAUCGACGGCAGAGCUGUUGUGCGGGCUUAAAAGAGGAGAUGUGGUGGAAUUGAGCCAAGCUAUGGGUAGAGGUUUCGACAUUGAUCAAAUUGAGCCUGCCGAGAAAUUUCCCACGGUUCUGAUUUUCGCCACUGGAUCUGGUAUCAGUCCAAUUCGAUCUCUUAUUGAGUCAGGUUUUAAUGCUGAUAAAAGAUCUGAUGUGAGGCUGUAUUAUGGGGCUAGAAACCUAAAGAGAAUGGCUUACCAGGAUAGGUUUAAAGACUGGGAGUCUUCUGGUGUUAAGAUCGUGCCAGUGUUAUCACAAUCAGAUGAUAAUUGGACUGGUGAAAGUAACUAUGUACAGGCUGCUUUUUCCAGGGCCAAGCAAAUUUAUAGUCCUACAGGCACUGGUGCUGUUCUCUGUGGGCAGAAACAGAUGACUGAGGAAAUAACAUCAAUUCUUGUAUCAGAUGGAGUCUCAAGUGAGAAAAUUCUGAAGAACUUCUGAAAAUUAUAGACGAGGUUCAUCCCGUUGUAUUUAUUUUGGAGCAACAAUUGAUAGUGAUUCUUUAUUCCCACUGCUGAGGAUAAAAUGUGCCACUCGGCUAAUAAAACCAAUUUUGGAAUUUUGAGCAUCUUCAUUGUUUGUUGAAAUUGACAAAUUGUAACUGCUAGCAGAUAAGUUACAGGAUCCACACCUCUUGUUUUUAAACCCCUUAUUUUUUUAUGACAGAAUCCCGAGUCAUCUUGAAUGAUCCA